CCAAACAAAUAGAAAUUUCUAUUUUACUCCACAAUUUCCCUUCUCUCCUUUCCUCUCUACCCCCUAACAAAAACAUGGCUAUGUCAAAUCUUUUUCUUUCUCCACCACCUCCUCUUUUCACUUUAACUAACAAACUCAACCGCCAAACCAAAGUGACUAGACCCAGAAGAGCUAGUUUCACUAUAGUUGCCAAAUCCCAAAACAACAAAAACAAUAACUCAGCUGAUUACCCAGACCGCUUAAUCUCAGCUGUUUGUUACUUUUUCCCUUUUAUUGAUGGCAUUCAAUAUGGGAAAUAUGUGUUGACCCAAUUUACUCCUAUUCAAGUUCUUGUACAACCACUUGUACCAGCUAUUAAAAUCUUCAAAAGCUUCCCCUUCAAUGGGUUUUUGGUCUUUUUAACUUUGUAUUUUGUUGUUGUUAGGAACAAUAAUUUUAGCAGAUAUGUUAGGUUUAAUACUAUGCAGGCUAUUGUGCUAGAUGUUUUGUUAAUUUUUCCCGACCUUUUUGAGAGAACUUUUAAUGUUAGAGAUGGGUUUGGAUUGGAUUUGAUGAUGAGUUUGGAUAGUACUGUGUUUUUGUUCCUUUUGGUUUCUUUGAUUUAUGGCUCUUCUUCCUGUUUGCUAGGUCAAGUGCCCAGAUUGCCUAUUGUUGCUGAAGCAGCUGAUAGACAAGUUCUUUGAUUGCCCACUUGGGUUCUUUUGCUUUAUAUAAUACAAUGCUGUUUCAGCUAUCGUUUUUUCUGCUUUAGCUGGUUUAUGAUUGUUCAUCUCUUUGAGAGAUAAUGGGAAAUUGGGAAAUGUUGUUGUGUUGUUGAAUUUAGUGGCUUGGCAAUACAGAAAGGCCAUUGUUCUGCAAUUAUAUUGUCAUUGUCAUAUUUAUCUGGUUUCCUGUUAUUGAAUUUGAAUUCAGUUGUAAACUUAUUGUUUGAUGGAAGUGUUAAAGAAUUUAGCUUUAUAUAAUAAAAUGCUGCUUCAGCUGUUGAAUA